AAACCCCGAACAAAGAAAAUGAAAAAUGCAGGGUUUUGGCACCAGGAGACUUGCUUUCGGCUGUGAUGGGAGGUCCAGCUAGCAGCAGCAGCAGCAGCAGCGAAGAGGAAGAUGCAAAUUGGAAAGCAGCUAUCGAAUCAAUAGCUGCAACUACCACUUUUGCUAACAAGGUUCUUAGCAGUACUUCUAAUGGCUCAACGUCCCGUUCAGCACCCACUACAGAAGCUUAUGCAGAGAACUCCCAGGAUUCUCGAAAGCUCAAGCACUACCAAAUUAAGGCGCAAAAGUGUUUGGAUAUCAUCUUGGAAAGGACUCUAGAGAUGGUUAGAGAUCCUGUCUCAGAUAAUGAUCUAGAUGCAAACGAUGUUGGGGUAAGGUUGUUUAAGCAUUCUCCUGCUGGAAUUGUAUUUGACCAUUUAGAUGAAAUUCAAGGGCCAAGAAAGAGACCACGAAUCCUACCGGGACACGGUAUUGAUGAAAAAUCGAAGAAGUUUAGGCAUCAAAUCCAGUCCAUUGCUGUUGAUGGGGCAGACAUAAUUUCUGAAGCAAGGGAUGCAGAGCGAAAAUCAUUAGCUCAAUUAGAAGCUAAAGAAGCAAAAGCAAAAGCCAAAGCCAAAAAGGAGGAAGAAAGAGUUGUAGAAUUGAAACGGAUCAGGGGGGAGAGAUGGCUACCUUCUAUUGCCAGGGAAAUGCAGGUUCCAAGCAAAAAGAUGAAAACCAUAAUCAAGGUUUGGGCAAUCAAUGAACUGGGAGUCAUCAACAUGAACUAAUGCGAAUAACUAUAAUCUAAUAUCUCAAAUAAACGGAACAAUUCGACUUUUGGUUAUUGAAGUCCCCUGUUUGAGAUGAUAAAAUGUCCUGCCAUGCUAGGGGUGCUGGAGCCGUUCGGGUUUCUGUGAGAACAAGAGCACUUUGAAAUGUCACUUGUUUGUAUAGAGUGACUAUUGUCUGGUUAUUUAGAGAAGAAGAGGUUUUCAAAACCCGAAGCUCAUAUAACUGCUUCAUCAAUUAUUUAGUGAGUCCAGUUUAUGAAGGAGUUUUAAUUUCUACAAA